AGGACGCAUGCGCACAAUGCAGACGAUAAGUUUCCUCAGAAACGGGAGCCGGUCAGAUUUGGGCGCAGUUUUUACCACAUUUUUCACGGCUUUGAGACAUUUUCUUCCCCCAAAGACCACAUGCAGUAAGAACCUGACGUCUCCUUGAGGUAGAAGUCUUAUUCUUCAGAAGAAAGCUGAGAGAAACAGGAUAUGAGGCAAUGCUGAAAUCUCUGAAAUAGGAGGUGUUGACGUGAUUGCCGGGAUACGGGAUUGCCGCGAAUGGAAUGAUCCGCUGCCGCGGCGAUAGUCUGAACCAUGACAGACGUGGAAAAGGACGUCGGAGAUGCCAACAACAACAACAAACACGAGAAAAUCGUGGAGAAAGCUCUGUCCAGUGGCAGUGACAGCUCCAGCCCUACAGUCCUAUCCACGAUGUGCUACAGACUUGAACACAAUGACUUGCCAUGUGACUGUAAAGAGAACUUUGAGAUGAUGUCUCAGACACAGCUGCUGCUAUUGGCUGAGGAGGAACAGAAGAGUGAAGACGCUGCCGUGUUACAGGCAUGGACAGGGAGUGCCGUCACCAGUCCCAUCACUAAAAAUAGCCAUAAAGAAGAUAGAAUACUGCAGGUAGACCGAGACAGAGACCUGUGUAUGUCAGAAGUCUUCAAGUACCUGUACCUAGGGAGGGAUGAGGGAAAGCAUAACAAGAACAUUCCAGGCUGGGACAUGUGCAAGGCCUCCCACAAGGAGGGCAUCCACUUCUACCAGACCUAUCCCAAACCCACGGGGAAGCCGUCACGGUGCAGCAGCGCCCCCUACUCCAGAAGUAACGAGGACAAUGGCAGCAAUAAGAGGACUCCACGCAGUGCAGGGACACGAGACAGGAGAAGAGUGCAGUCUGCUAGUGUGGCUCUGUCGCUACGGUCUGGGACUCCUGUGCAACGUCGUAAUUACAAUGAGAGAAGACCUCCGUCCAGGGAGGCUUUGGUGCUGGACACAACCUCCCCCAUCCCCUACGACUUCAGGUAUUACCAGCAGUCUCAGCAGUAUGUGGAACAGUACAGAGAGGAUUAUACCUACACGAGAUUGAGACAUGCAGUUGCAGUCAGAUCUGCUAGAGGGCAGCGAGGCGGCAGCCUGGCCAGACCCCUGGCCUGGUACACCCCCAACAGGACCUACGCCUUCAACCUGGACCAAGAUGCAGUCAAACUGGGCAACAACAUCAGCAGGCCAACACCUACCAGCAACUUGGCAGAGAAGAAAAACAACAAUUUGGACUCUGAUGAAGAGACGUCAUCAUUCUACCAUCAGUACAGACUGAAUCAGAACUUUACCUCCAGACAGCUCCCCGAACUGGACACAAACACCAACAGUCACUCAAACACAGCAAGAGGAACCAGUCAUGUUUCCUUAAUACUGAGUCGUAGCCAGGAAGCUCUACCAGCCGGUUCAGACACGUACAGACUGGCCCAGUCCAGCCGGCCCAGAAGCCGCAGUAAGAGUCCCCACCCCAGGAAGAAGCGAGAGGCCCGCAGCAUGAUGAAACAGACCCUGGGCGCAGGGUACUACCCGGCUCAGAUGAAGUGUCUGCCCGACCGUACCUCCCCGUCAAUCCCCAGCCGUCGACAACAGGAGAGGAUGAACAACAACCGCCCGCAUCAACAUCAGCAGCUGUCAGAUACCAAACUCUCAGACGCUGACUCCAAGAUGAGUCCUGUCCUGAUCAGAGGAAUCCGUCCACCCACCAUGACCGCCCGCGUGUCCACUCCCGUCCAAGGCAAGGCCAACAGCUAAGAACUACAACAACCCUCCAGCAGGACUGGUGCCGUGGCUUCUCCAACCAUGUUUGUUGCUUGCCACUGAUGUGUUAGAAAAUAUACUCCAUAAUGCACAAGAAGCCAUUUUAUAUUGCAGAGACAAGCCACGGAGGCAUUUGUUGCUUUUGCUGACCUGUUCAAAAGAAGUACAGUUAAACUUGUCCAAGACGACCACCCAUAGGAGGCAAAGUGGUCUGCUUAGACAAUUGGUCAUCUUAUACAAAAAGCAUUGUGGCAAGACAGAGAACAAGAAAGAAAACUGUAG